AUGAGGAUCUCUGCAUAUCUGCUAGCUUUGCGGGGCCUGUUGGGAGUCGUAGCCGACUCAUGUGUGCAAACAGAUCCCACUCCAGACCUCGGCUAUGAAGAACUCUGGCGCCUCCAGCACGAGUUCUACGAGCGAUGGAUAACGCCCAAUAACGUCAAAGAAGCCGAGUCCAUCAACUCAACUAUAUUCUCUGACAAUAUCCAAGGACGCGUUUCCGACACGCGCACCUUCGUAGGCCGUGAGCUCAACACCGAGUACAUCUUCGGGCUCUUCAUGCCCUCAGACUCUCUGUCUAUCAUCGGAAAUCCCACCGAGUACGAAGUUAUCCAGUUUGCAGCGGUCCAGAACAUCGCAUCAGCAACCACGCGCGUCAACUUUACCUUUCCAGCGUUCAACAACAUCUCCCUGCCAGUUGUGAUCAACACAUGGAUGACGUGGAACUCUGCUCGCCAGAUGACGCAGUAUGAUGUUGUGUUCAAGUGGUUUGGAAACCUCUUCCAAACUCUUAUACUAAGCUUAGGCGGCUCUGCUGAGGAGGCUGGCGGCAAGACAGUAAACAAGAUUGCGACAUCGAUCUGCAACUCGCAUGAAAGAUACUGUAAUGGCACGAACGCCCAGUACGAUUCUUGGGAGGGAUGCUAUAAUUUUCUGACGAAAGAGAUACGCGUGGGUCAGAGCUUUGAGCUGGGCAUGAACACACUCAUGUGCCGCAGUGUACACGAGCUCAUGGUCAAGUAUCGGCCUGGAGUUCACUGCAGCCACAUUGGCCCUACAGGAGGUGGAGAGUGCGACGACACAAUCACAUAUAUCGAGAAAGCGGAGGAGCGACUUGAUGCGAACUCGCCAUGGAUCGCUGGGGGAUCGUAG